CGUCGCGACACGCGUUGCAACUAAAACCCAAACAAGUGGACUUGAAGUGAAAUUCAAAAAAUUAAAUAGAAUACCUAUUGAAAAAGAUUUUAAGCAGAAAACAGUUGAAAAUAAAAGUGAGAGAAACGUGAUGGAUACGCUAUCACCUAACGAUUGCUCCAAGUCGAGCUCCAACUCCAAUUCGAGCGGCAACAGCGCCAGCAGCUCCUCCAUGGAUCUGGGCAACAAGCAGCCCAAGCAGCCGAAACGCGGCUCGCGCGGCCAGAAGCUGUCCAGAUCGCGCAGCCUGCUGCAGUUGCUCAGCAGGCAUCUGGGCCGUCAUUUCCAGCAUCAUCAUCACCAGAACGACACCGUCUACAGCAGCCAGGAUGAUAUACGCAGCUCGGCGACGGAUCUGUUCAGUCUGAGCAAUUCGCGCAAUGAUUGCCUUCAGGUGCUCAAUGGCGGCUCCAGUCUCGAUCUGGAGCACACCUCACGCACAACCUCAGAGUCGAGUUCGCCUGGUCUGGAAUUUUACGAUAACAAUGCUGGACACAUCUAUGUGGAAACUGUCUAUCGACCCGGCAGCGCCAUGGAUCAACUGCAUCCACAUCACUAUGAUGAUAGCGGCAGCAGUGUUGACGAGGAUGAGAAUGAUAAUGAGAAUGAGAACGAUAAUGAGAACGAGAAUGAGAAUCUGGAGCACCUUAAACCGCAUGGUAGCGAACCAGAGCCGCGUUCUGCCUCGGCCGCAUCGGCUGGCGUCAGUAACAAGACAUCUGGCCUGCAUCUUAGUCGCAUCUCCAUCUCAUCCUCGGUUAGCCGCAUGCUGCAGCACUUCUCAACAUCGGCGGCCACAACGGCAACAGCAUCGCUGCGCUCCUUGUCCUGCAGCAGCACGCCGCGGCGACAGCGCAAUGUGUCCUCGCUGAUGAGGGGCAAAAAAUCGCUGAUGCCCAACAACAGCAGCAACAGCAACAGCAGCAGCAGCAGCACCAGCAGCAGCUCAUCAAAGUCGUCGAAAAAGGACAAGAAGCAGCAGAGCAUACUGCGACCUCCAGUUCAGUACGUUUACAUGAAGGGCAUGUCCGGGCUAUACUCGCGGGUGCCCAGCUACGCGGUCUGCUGCCCCUAUACGCUGCAGCACAGCAUGUAUUAGGCGGUCGGCCGGACGGACAGCUCGGGCGGACGUCAUCGCGGCGAGGACAUUGGCCAAGACAAUGAAGCAGACGGCGAUUGCGGGUGAAGGAUGAAGGGUGAAAGGGUGAAGGCCAACGCCAAAGGUGUUAAUGGCUUUAAAGUCUGGUUAUGGGGUGGGUAGAUUAUAGUGAAAAGUGAUGUAGUGCCUAAAAACAAGAAGAAAAACAAGCCGACAGCAGCUAGAAACGGCUAGAAACAGCGUUUGGAAAUGCAGCA